UCCAGAUUUAGCGAGCUGGCCUUCCUAGACACUGAGACCCAGUUGAACCUCCUCCUAUUGCCCAAACCCCUCUUUCACCUCCUUUGUUCCCUGCACUACCUUUUCUCUCUCUCUCGCUCUCUCUCUCUCAUUUGGACCCUUCUACACCCCCAGCCUGCACCCUUUCUCUCCUACCUUCUUCUGAUGUGAUAUAUAAACUGUGUGGAUGGUGUUGUUGGAUUGCAGCAGUAGUCGGUCGUAGUCCUGGCUUUGAUGGCAGUCCCCCCGUCCGCCGAUUUGGUCUCAAAGAGGCUGGCCCCCUUCACCUCCUGCCCAGACAUGGAGCCUUAUCCUGAGGUCCCACUCUUUGAAGAGGAUGAUGAAGGUCUCACAUUCAAGAGCAGAGGCCACUCAGGUAUGGUGCCCCCUGUAGGACAGGACCCAGAUAUCUUUGUCUACAUGAACUUCAUGAAGAGCCACUGUUGCUAUGACGCCAUCCCAACCAGCUCCAAACUGGUUAUCUUUGACACAACGCUACAGGUGAAGAAGGCUUUCUUUGCUCUGGUGGCUAAUGGAGUGAGGGCAGCCCCACUGUGGGACAACAAGCGGCAGUGUUUUGUAGGUAUGCUGACCAUCACAGACUUCAUCAACAUCCUCCAUCGUUACUACAAGGCUCCUCUGGUACAAAUCUAUGAGCUGGAGGAACACAGGAUUGAGACAUGGAGAGAGAUCUAUCUGGAGUACUCUGUCAACUCUCUGAUCAGCAUCACUCCUGACUCCAGUCUGUUUGAAGCCAUCUACUCCCUGUUGAAGAAUAAAAUUCAUCGGCUGCCAGUGAUUGACCCAGAGUCAGGCAACGUUCUUCACAUCCUCACUCAUAAACGCAUCCUCAAGUUCCUCCACAUUUUUGGCUCUAUGAUCCCUAAGCCUCGGUUCUUGCAGAAGCGGAUGAGUGAGGUGGCGAUCGGGACCUUCAGAGAAAUCGCUACUGUCAAAGAGACGGAAACUGUCUUUGAUGCUCUGUCCAUCUUCGUAGAGAGACGUGUGUCUGCUCUGCCGGUGGUCAAUGAGCAAGGCAAAGUGGUGGCUCUUUAUUCCAGGUUUGAUGUCAUUAACCUGGCGGCCCAGAAGAGCUACAACAACCUAAGCAUCACCAUGAGGGAGGCUGUGGAAUCCAGGGCCUGCUGUAUGGAGGGGGUUCUCAAGUGUUACCCCCACGAAACCCUGGAGACCGUUAUAGACCGCAUCGCUACAGCUGAGGUUCACAGGCUGGUGCUGGUAGACAAUGAAGAUGUGGUGCGAGGUAUCGUCUCUCUCUCUGACCUCCUGCAGGCUCUGGUCCUCACCCCCGCAGAUAUAUCUGAAAGGUCAUGCUGCGGAGACUGAAGAGAACAAAACAGAGCCUGUUCCAGAAAAGGACUGUGAAGAAGAGUUUAGCGAAACGGGCUUAAGACUAGUUCCUACGUACCAAAUUCUGGGAAAGUUACAAACAUCAGGACAGGGAAAGUGAACGUUAAACACGCUCAUUUGUCCUGACUGUAUGCUGUCAACAUGCCCUUGAACAAGGCAUCGAUGCUCAGAGACGAUGGAUAUCCCAGGCAGCUUCCAGUUUGAUAAUGGAGUGGUGUGGAAAAAGGAAUACGCAUCAGCAGUUAGCUUUCUUUUGCGUGAACAGUUGCCAGAAAAUAUGUCUGAUGUCUUGAAAUAUUUUGAAACCUGAUUUUCUAACUUACAGCAGUGGAGAUGUGGUCCUUAUUUCAUCAUUACAGAAACAACUUGGAUGUAGGCAUAUCAAAAGACUUUGUUAGCGAAAAGU